GUUAGAAAGGCUUUUCUGCGUCAAAUUACGACUCUGUCGCGCGUGUGACAGAGACGCUAAUACCCUUGUUGUGUUUUUAACUUUACUUUUGUCUCGUGGUCGUGCGGGGUUUGAUGAGGGCGCGUGAAUUCUGUGCUAUUUGCUGCUCUCUUUGUAUUUGCUAGUGCUGUCUUGGGCGACAACAAAGGGAGGAUAGCUGGUGUAAUUUUGGCUGUUUGGGCAUGCGGGAGGUUGUAUUUGACACGGCAGGUUUUCCGAAGUUAAUUUUUUGUGAGGCGUUAGCGGUGCUGGGUUGAAUGCGGCUGACGUUACUUAAAUUCAGAAGGUUUUCGAUGGUUAAUCGGUGUGCUGAGGUGUUUAUAUUCAUCUUUAUGGGUGAUGUGCAGCAAGUUUCAGCUCACACUUGGCAUGAAAGCAGUACUAUUGCAAAUCGGUCAAUUUUCUGGUCAACUGCGGAAUGUUACAGGGAAUGAAAAUUGUGACGCAGUUGUGUAAAACAUCUUUCGUUGCCUGCUGCAGCAGAAUCGCCAGGUUUUGCGGCAUCUACGCCAGCUGCUGCAAACGCCUGCGCAAUGCUUUUGUGCCAAAACCCAUAUAAUGUUAUAUAUUUUUUAAACAACGUAAAAUGCAUUCAAUCAGUUGGUGUAAAUGUUGGGGGUAGAAGGGUCUGAGAGAAGUAGUUGUUUUGCAAAGGCAUGGGAAUUGUAGUUUAGUAUCCCAAACAGAGCUGAGCAUUGAAUGGCCUCUUUAGAGGAAAUGGACUACAACGCCCAUACGUCCAACUCUCCAGAUACUUUGUAAACUCUGUGCAAGUUGCGCGUCUGCACUGCUAUUUUAGGUAUGCAGCUAGUGCUAUCUGCUCGGCGGUGUGCUGGUUUGUGUGUGGUUUUGGCCUUUGGAAAAUUGUUAAAAGCUUCGGUGUUUGGUGACAGCUUUUGAUCGACAGUGCACAGAAGACGUUAACCGAGAAGGUAGCAUGCAUGAUCGCAUAUUGUUCAGUUAUCACGUCUUUCGAGGAAUGCAGAGAGUCCCUCCCUCCUUCGUGUGAGAUAUUUUCAGCCGUUAUAUGAAACGUAAAUCUUGGAAAACUGGAAAUCAAGCGAAGAUUUUCAGCUGAAUUCCCACUUGACUACACUGGCCAGCAUCCAUAAGAUCCACCACACCUUGCACAGGCUGAACUUGGCAGAAGACGUUGGACAGGACAGCCACCCCUCAGCUUGUUGCUCUAGAGCCAUGCCUCCUAGGAAAAAGAGGAGACCCUCAGCUGGAGAUGACAUGUCAGCCAAGAAAAGUCGCCAAGACAGUGUUUUCAGAAAACAUGAAACAUCACAAAUCCGUGAGGAGGAGACAUUUUCUAGUAAAAGAUGCUUGGAGUGGUUCUAUGAAUAUGCAGGCUGUGACGAUGUGGUGGGUCCAGAGGGCAUGGAGAAAUUCUGUGAGGACAUUGGAGUGGAGCCAGAGAACGUGGUGAUGCUGGUUCUUGCUUGGAAGCUGGAUGCCCAGAGUAUGGGAUAUUUCACCCUUCAGGAGUGGCUGAGAGGCAUGGGCUCACUGCAGUGCGAUUCGACUGAGAGGCUGAGGAACUCACUUGACUACCUGAGAUCUGUCCUAAAUGACAGCACCAGCUUUAAGCUCAUUUAUAGAUAUGCCUUUGAUUUUGCUCGGGAAAAGGAUCAGAGGAGUUUGGACUUGAACACAGCCAAGUGUAUGUUGGGGCUGCUUCUGGGAAAGACGUGGCCUCUGUUUCCUGUGUUUAAUCAGUUUCUAGAGCAAUCCAAGUACAAAGUCAUCAACAAAGACCAAUGGUGCAAUGUUUUAGAGUUCAGCAGGACAAUCAACCUGGACCUCAGCAACUAUGAUGAGGAUGGUGCCUGGCCUGUUUUGUUGGACGAGUUUGUGGAAUGGUACAAAGAAAGACAGAUGUCAUAACUGCAGAGCAAAAAUGGGAAAGUAAUACAACUGUGACGACUCUAAGAACCAAUAACCAAUAAGUAAACAAUACAAAAAAACAGUAAAGCAGUGACAGUGGGUGCUUCCUGGGAAAUGAGGGGU